AUGUCUUCCAACGAUUUGAGUAGCAGCUGUUUGGUAACCGUGGUCGGAUCGAUAAGUGCAGACUUCACUUUCCGUUGUAGACUACCCAGAUUGCCUAAGCCUGGUGAGACUGUAUCCGGUGAUAAGUUCACUAAGAGUUGGGGAGGGAAGGGUGCUAAUCAAGCUGUCGCUGCUGGAACUCUACUCUCUACCAACGCUACUAAUGUACCUAGAGUCCAGAUGAUAGGGUGCGUGAGUGCUGAUGACGGCCUUGGAACUGCAUAUAGGGAUCACCUCAAGGAUACUGGUGUUGGUGUCGAUUAUCUCAACCUCCUUCCAGGAACCAGUACUGGCGUUGCGGGGAUUGUUGUGUCAGGAGCAGCCGAUGCAGAGAAUAACAUAGUUGUCGUCCCAGGCACCAAUGGAAUGUUAACUCCGGCCAUGGUGCUUGUGCUUCAAUGUGAGGUUCCAGUUGACGCUGUUGUAGAGUCCUUGAGAGUAGCGUCGAGAUCUCCUCAUACUCUCUCAUUGCUCAAUGCAGCUCCAGCUCCUGUAGUCCCUGGGCAGCAAUUGCCUCGGGAAGCUUUCAAGAUGGUCGAUGUAUUGGUUGUUAACGAGGAAGAGGCAGCGGCUCUGGACCUUUUGCUGAAUGGCACCAAUGACUCCCUUGCCGAUGUGACGAAGGAUCCCAAAGCAGCAACAGUGUUGGCUGAUAGACUGCUGAGGACUUCUGGAGCCAAGUGGUUAUGCAUC